UUGUUCUUCGUGUAGGUUAUUUUUAUAAGUUGCUGAGGACCAAAAUUUGUUUUUAUUAUUUCUUCUAGUUUUGCAGGAAACCACGUGGUAGUUUCACUCCUUUAUAGGUGGUAUUUGCAUUUCCUCAACAUCUGAACCCUCUUCUCCUCUCCUCUGUUUCAAUUCUGUCCCUGACUUCUGCAGUUUUUGGGACAGCCAACCCUGCCUUCUCUAGUCAUUCAGUUUCACACUGAUCUAGAAAUCUCCAAGAUUUUCAUCAUAAUCUUCUUCUAUCCAAGUUUUCAGACGAGACCACAAAAAUUUAGUUACCAAAUGAAAACCCAACAAGCUCACCAAUCUCUAGUCUUCAAAUAGCUAAAGAACACAACUUGAAGCUCUGUUCUUUUCUGAUAAAGGUGAAUAUUUUUUGUUCUACAAGCCCAGUUGACUAGUGUUUCUCUGCAGUACUGAAUCAACAACCAAUCCCACUCCAGCAAAAUGAUCUUCCCAUCUCUUCAUUUGUGGGUGCUCCGUGGAUAGCUUUGAUCUGGUCCGCUUCUAUUGACCCAGGGUUUUAGGUGAUAGGGGUUUAAUGAAAGCCGCAGAGAAAGCUUCAAAGGGCGGCGAGAUAAGCAUGUCGGAGAAGCAAUCUGCCAAUGGAGGUGAAGUUAUAGUGGAACUUCAAAAUGUUGGGACGUAUGAAGGUAAAGGGUCUCCUUCAACCAAGCAAAGCAAAGUGAACUUGGGAGUGACCACUGAGUCUAGUAGUACCAGGUUCGGUGGGUUUCCUUCACUGGAUGUUUCAAGAGCCAGUCCCAACCCCGGUAAGCCUCCGAGGCCCCCCGCCCGCAAUGAGAGCACCAAUAGGAGAAAGUCAUUUAAUAGGUCAGUUAUCUCCAAACCCAAGUCAAGAUUUGGUGAACCAUCGCCUGUUCUGAAUGAAGAUGGUAGUUCAGAUCAUGUUGGUUCCCCAUAUAGGGGGGCUUCAUUCAGUAGGGCUUCCCCAAAUAACAUAUCAGGAGCUAGGGCCAUAUCCAUCUCUUCUAAUAGGAAUGCGUCUCCAGGCAGGACCAAAGAUAAGGAGGAUGAAGAGAUUUACAAGAAGGUUAAAUUGAGUAGAGAUAAGCACGGGAAAAUGAACAAGAUACUCUUGGCUGAGUUAUUUGUUUUCCUGUGCAUUUUGGGUUGUUUAGUGGCUAGCUUGACUGUGGAGAAACUAGAGAAUUAUAUGGUUUGGGGCUUGGAGAUUUGGAAAUGGUGUGUGCUUGUCAUGGUGAUAUUCAGUGGCAUGUUGGUUACCAAUUGGGUUAUGCAUUUGAUAGUUUUUCUGAUCGAGUGCAAUUUUUUGCUUCGGAAGAAGGUUUUGUAUUUUGUUCAUGGAAUGAAGAAGAGUGUUCAGGUUUUCUUGUGGUUGUCUCUGGUUCUUCUCACAUGGCUACUGUUGUUCAAUCGUGGGGUUAAGCGGUCAAAGACUACCACCAAGAUUUUAAAUUAUGUUACAUGGACUAUUGUCUCACUUCUCAUUGGGGCAUUUUUAUGGUUGUUAAAAACAUUGUUGCUUAAGAUCUUAGCAUCUAGUUUCCAUGUGAAUACCUUCUUUGAUAGAAUUCAAGAAUCAAUCUUCCAUCAGUAUGUGCUUCAGACACUUUCGGGGCAUCCGCUUAUGGAGGAGGCUGAUAGGAACGGUGGGAAAUCACCGAGCACUAGCAAACUGAGUUACAGAGCGACAAAGAAGGCAAAGGCUGGAAAGGAAAAAGAGGUCAUUGACAUGACAAAGCUUCAACAGAUAAAGCAAGAGAAGGUUUCUUCUUGGACCAUGAAGGUCUUGGUGGAUGCAGUAACUAGUUCAGGGCUGUCCACGAUCUCCCAUACAUUGGAUGAGAUGGAGGGUCUGAAUGAACAGAGAGAUAAGGAGAUUACCAGUGAGAUGGAAGCAACUGCUGCUGCCUAUGACAUAUUCCUUAACGUUGCUCCGCUGGGUGCUAAUAGUUACAUUGAGGAGUGGGACCUCUUGAGGUUCAUGAUCGAGGAAGAAGUGGAGCUUGUGUGGCCGCUAAUUGACGUAAAUAAGACUGGACAAGUUGAUAGAAAAACUCUAACAGAGUGGGUGGUGAAGGUCUACAAUGGUCGCAAAGCAUUAGCUCAUUCAUUAACCGACACCAAAACAGCCGUAAAACAAUUGAACAAACUUGUGACUAGUGUCCUGGUUAUUAUUACCAUUAUAGUGUGGCUUCUGUUGAUGGAAAUUGCAACUACAAAAGUACUUGUCUUCCUCUCAUCACAGCUCGUAGUGGCAGCUUUUAUGUUUGGAAACACUUGCAAGACUAUAUUCGAAGCUAUUAUCUUCGUUUUUGUAAUGCAUCCAUUUGACGUUGGUGACCGCUGCGUUAUUGAUGGCGUUCAGUUAAUGGUUGAGGAGAUGAACAUCUUAACUACAGUCUUCUUAAAACUCAAUCAAGAAAAGGUAUACUAUCCCAAUUCAGUUUUAUCCACAAAACCGAUCAGCAAUUAUUACAGAAGUUCAAAUAUGGGUGAUAAUGUGGAGUUCUCAAUUGCUUUUACUACACCAGUGAAGAAGAUAGGCGAGCUGAGAGAGAAAGUAAAGGAGUAUGUGGAGGGGAAUCCGACGCUUUGGCAUCCAAACCACCAAAUUGUGGUGCUUGAGAUCGAAAAUGUGAAUAAGUUAAAGCUGGCACUCUACUUCAGUCACACGAUGAACUUUCAAGAAUGGGGAGAAAAGCAAAAGCGGAGAAGUGAAAUGGUCAUGGCAUUGAAGAAAUGUUUGGAGGACCUACACAUUACAUACUAUCUGCUGCCCCUAGAAGUUCGUCUCACUGAAACUAAAUGAGAUUGAUUUUUCGUAGGGGUAAGGGGAAGACCCGGUUAUGAGCUUUUCAAUUUAUUCUUACUUUCCUUUUGGCGGAGUAGGAUUUUGUUAGAAGUACUACUGUUUUCAGUAGACAGAUGAGAUUAAUGCUGUGGAUUCAGAUCAGAUAUAUGUAUUUUCUUUGGACUGGAGCAUGCAUGAUUACGUUCUACCAUAUUCAUGCUUGACUCCUGGUAAAAAUUAAUGAUCCAAAUUCCCUCCUUACUUCAGCUUUCGAAUUUAA